ACGUUUUCCAUUCAGACAUAACUGCCAUUUAAAGUGAUCCCAGCAGAGUGAGUGAAGGUUAAGGCGGUUCAACCAGUUCGGCCAUAUGAUCGAUAGUCGCAACAACCGAGUCGGAAUGUCCUGAAAUCUGUCUUGCAAUUUACAGUCCGGUCUGUGAAGAAGCUAUGAUAAAUGGAAAAUUGGUUAGAUGCUUAUUCAGUAAUAGCUGCGAAGCAGGUCGUAGCGCAUGUCUUCAUGAAAUAAAUUGGCGCCAAAAAGAAGGAAAAUGUGAAACUUCACCCGACCACUUAUGCCGUCAAUACCUUUCAUCUAAAAAUAUUACUUCAAAAGUAAGCUAAUUCUUUUUAUAGACUAGACUUAUGACGUUAGUUUACUUACCGAAUUGACGUAGGUCGCAGAAUAAAAUAUGGUUUGGCAUAUGUGUGUUUCUACUAUGAAAUUAUUGUCUUAAUAUUGUCUUAUUUUUUUGCAAAUGAUAUUGACCUGUAUUUACGAAAUCAUUUAUUAAAAUUUAAUAUAUUUUACAA